CGGAUGUCCAAAGUCCCAGAACUUUUUCAAUGCGCGUUUCAUAUGCUCUCAAUGAUGGGGACAGCUUGAACACGGCACACAGCGCUGCUACCGGGAAGACUUUUCUCUCCCUCUUUUUCUCUUGAAGCUCCAGCGAGGAAAGUGUGACUUUAGUGCGCCCCAGCCCCUCAGAGGAGAGGGAGACUCUCUGCGUAAUUUUUGGAGCUCCACUUUUUUGCGCCCCGGCCGGAUCCAUCCAAGUGAAGACAUGCAGGCUCGCUACUCCGUGUCCAGUCCCAACUCGCUGGGCGUCGUGCCAUACAUCGGCAGCGACCCGAGCUACUACCGGGCCGCGGCCGGCGGGGGAUACACGGGCAUGCCGGCCCCCAUGAACAUGUACUCCCACGCCGCGCACGACCAGUACCCGGCCAGCAUGGCCCGCGCGUACGGACCCUACACCCCGCAGCCGCAGCCCAAGGAUAUGGUCAAGCCUCCCUACAGCUACAUCGCCCUCAUCACCAUGGCUAUCCAGAACUCACCUGACAAGAAGGUGACCCUGAAUGGGAUUUACCAGUUUAUCAUGGAGAGGUUUCCAUUUUACCGAGACAACAAGCAAGGCUGGCAGAACAGCAUCAGACACAAUCUGUCUCUGAACGAGUGCUUUGUCAAAGUCCCCCGCGAUGAUAAAAAGCCCGGUAAGGGCAGCUACUGGACCUUGGACCCGGACUCUUAUAAUAUGUUUGAGAACGGGAGCUUCCUGAGGAGGAGGCGGCGGUUCAAGAAGAAGGACGCGCUGAAAGAGAAGGAGGAGCGGCUGCAGAAAGACCAGCCGCCGCGGCAGCAGCAGCAGGCUGGCCGGGAGCAGUCCGAGCAGCCGGUGCAGGGCUCCCAACCCGUCCGGAUCCAGGAUAUUAAGACUGAGAACGGGACGGUCACGCCGCCGCAGGCCAACUCUCCUUCUCUCAGCGCCGUGCCCAAAAUCGAGAGUCCGGACAGCAGCAGCAUGUCCAGCGGGAGCCCUCACAGCAUCCCCUCCGGCAGGUCCAUAGGCAUGGACAACUCCGAGCACCAGCACCAGCAGCACCACGCACAGGCCUCCACGCAGGGCUUCAGCGUGGACAACAUCAUGACUUCACUCCGGGGAUCUCCACAAGGGGCCUCGGAGCUCAGCUCCGGUCUCUCCGCCUCCUCCAGGACAGGUAUAACUCCAUCUUUGUCCUUAAACUAUUCACCGAAUCAGACAUCCGUCUAUAGUUCACCCUGUAAUCAGAGCUCCAUCUCCACUACCUCCAACGCCACCUAUCAUUGUAACAUGCAAGCCAUGAGCCUUUACGCUGGGGACAGGUCCAGCCACUUGGCACCGAGCACCACCGUGGACGAAACGUUGCCAGAUUACUCAGUCACAACCACCUCAUCCUCCCUGACCCACGCUAAUCUAAAUUCCGGAGGGCAGGAGGGCCACCAUCCCCACCAGGGGAGGCUGGCCUCAUGGUACCUCAACCAGGCCGGAGACCUGAGCCACCUGGGCGCAACUUACCCAGCGCAGCAGCAGAACUUCCAUUCGGUCCGAGAGAUGUUUGAAUCCCAGAGAAUUGGCUUGAAUAACUCCCCUGUAAAUGGGAAUAACAGCUGUCAGAUGUCAUUCCCCCCGAGCCAAUCCAUCUAUCGCACUUCUGGAGCUUUCGUAUAUGACUGCAGCAAGUUCUGACCAAAAGAAAUAAAUUCCCCCCGCGAUGUUUGAACUCUGUCAUUAGAAAGAAAUUCAUCCUUUUACUCCUCCUACCUGUCCAGAGCAUAUGGACUAUUAACAGACAAAAAAACAAAAGACAGAAAAGACUUGAUCUUGGUUUUUCUAAACAACAGUGUUACUGCAAAUAACACGUAAGUGUCUCUUUUUUUUUUUUGCUUUUGUGGCGUCAUGAGAUUAUGCUGAAGAUGUGUCACUUUUUCUUGAACGUGUAAAUUGCAUAUAGUAAUUUAUUUCUAAACUGUAGCCGGAUAUUAUGGACCAAACACCUCAAAGUGUUUCUAAAUUGAAUUGCCUUAAUUGUCCUUAAAAUUGUUCCAUUAACAAAGAAAAAAAAAAGAAGAAGAGAACGUGUAUAUCACCGUACUAUUUUAAAGAUUCUUCAUUUGUUGAAACGUUUUUUGAAGGAUUUGUUUGUUUGUUUAAUAAAUUGUCAUUUUAUGUGAGUUAAA